AGAGUUUGUCUCAUGCUUUUCAUUUGUUGACAUUUUAAUUUUCUCAAUUUGAUUGUUUUUCUAAUUGUUAAUUGUGUUAAUUAACUUGAUCAUUUAUCUCAAUCAAGAUGCCUGUUCCUCAAGGUGUUCCUAAAGGUGAAUCUCCAUGUUUUCAGAGAGUUAAAAUGGGCUUUACAAUAGGAUUUAUGGUUGGAUUAGGCUCUGGUUUUCUUUUUGGUGGGUUUUCAUCUUUUCGAGCGGGACUCAGAGGGAUAUCUUUAUUAACCAAUACUGGUAAAGUGAUGGCUCAAGGUGGAGGCACUUUUGGUACCUUCAUGGCGAUCGGUUCAGCAAUUAGAUGUUAAUUGGUGGCUAAUUAAAUGUCAAACGUUGAGACUAAUUGAUUAUCUAUUCUAUUAUAUCAGCGGUUGAGGAGGAAAUAUAGUUAAAUCUUUUCAAUGGUAUCUGUUUCUUUCUUGGUGAAAUUUUGAUUACCAUUGAAUUGUUGUAAUUUUUUCCCAUUGUACUUGAUAAAUUUCAAGUACAAUUGUAGUUGUAAUUUUUUUCCAUAAUUAACUUUCAUCAAUAUAUAUUGAGUGUUUCAUUAUCAAUCAGGUGGAAAUCUGAUUGUAAUGAUUAUCAAAAUUGUUAUUCGUCU